AUGGCCUCGUUACUGAUCCUUCGUCAUGCGCAUGAGGCUUUCGGCCAUCUACUUCCAUUGGAGAUAACCGAUGAACAGCUACUAAGCGGCGCUGAUGCAGGCUCAAUGGAAAACGUGGGGCCAUCUGUCUCCUAUAUCCCCGGGCUCAACGCACUCUCCAGGCUAUUCAUGAUCUGGCAUUCCAGCCAAGCAGUCACUACUCAGUCCAUGGACAAUCUAUACGACCAUAUUGUGCAAGCUCAGCGAUUGCUUGAAGACCUGCCACCAGAGCUUACGUGGCAACCGCCGCAUAGGGAACAGUUCGCUUUCAACGUGCAGAAGGUCAACCUCAAGGUUACGCAACUGCACAUCCGCUCAAAUUUACUAGAGCAGAUGAACGCAUUAGCUAAAUAUCAGCACAUGCGGGCCACUCCGGAUGCUAUCUUCAACGAGCGACACCGCGUGGUGGAGGAAUUGCUCGACGUCCUGUACAACAUGCCAGAAGAGGUGUUUGACGCUAAUGGAUAUAGCAUUGUGCCGAAGAUCAGAGACAUUGGCGGCGCGCUUCUUGAUGAACUUCGAACCGGGCCGCAAGACCUAAAUUUGCAGGCGAGUAUCAAUCUGGACAAGCUGCUAGCAAAGCUGGAUAGUCUUGAUCAGCGGAUCAUGGUGCAAGCAGCAAAUGUUUGA